GGUCAUGUGGUCUCUCAAGAUGGCGACUUCAGUCAGUGCUGGGAUGUGAAGUGACUCCGAGCUCAGAGCAGCGCUCAGCACAGCCACCGGGACCGGGUCACCUCGCGUCCCAGCGCACGUGCGGUCCCCGCGGCGUCCGAGUCAAUUCGUCAAGCCCUUCUCCUCCUGAAUAUAAGGUUGCUUGUCGUAGAAUCAGGCUCGUUGCUUAUGGGCUAGCUGCGGAUGAUAGGGUAUAAGGUGUGUGUAGUUCAAAGCUGUGUGCGUCUGGAUCACUGACUGCGAUGGCCAUCCAAGUGUUUGAUAAUGAUGAGUACAGGCCGCCUGUGUGGAAAUCCUACUUGUACCAGCUCCAGCAGGAGGCGCCACAUCCACGCAGAGUCACCUGCAUAUCUGAGGUGGAGAACCGGCCGAAGUACUAUGGACGAGAGUAUCAUGGGAUGAUCUCCAGAGAGGAAGCCGACCAACUGCUCAGUGUGGCUGAGGGAAGUUAUCUGAUCCGAGAGAGCCAGAGACAGCCGGGCACAUACACGCUAGCGCUACGCUUUGGGAAUCAGACCCGAAACUUCCGUCUGUUUUACGAUGGGAAGCAUUUUGUGGGAGAGAAGCGCUUCGAGUCCAUCCACGACCUGGUAACGGACGGCCUGAUCACGCUGUACAUCGAGACCAAAGCCGCCGAAUACAUAUCUAAGAUGACCAUCAACCCCAUCUACGAGCACGUGGGCUACACCACCCUGAACCGCGAGCCGGCGCUGAAGAAAGCCCUGCCCGUCUGCAGAGACAUGCCUGAUGGGAAGGACGCCGCUGGAGAAGACACCGGCCUGGAGGAGAGGCUCACGUCGCUGGUCCGUCGAGCCACACUGAAGGAGAGCGAACGGGCGCCCAAGUACGAGAAAGUCCACAACUUCAAGUUCUGUCAUCGCCAGGGUGACACUAUUGAAAUCCCCGUCAGCCAAUCAGAAGCGCUGGCAUCACUGAUUAGAGCCUGGGAUGGAGUUGUUUGGUCAGCUGAUGUGUGUUUGUGUUGUGUGUGUUUCUCAGAUUGUGGGUUGAAUGUCCAUAAGCAGUGCUCGAAGAUGGUGCCCAACGACUGCAAACCGGACCUGAAGCACGUGAAGAAGGUUUACAGCUGUGAUCUCACCACACUGGUCAAGGCUCAUAACGCUACACGACCCAUGGUGGUGGACAUGUGCAUACGAGAGAUCGAAGCACGAGGUUUGAAGUCGGAGGGUCUCUAUCGAGUCUCUGGAUUCAGUGACUUUAUUGAAGAUGUGAAGUUAUCGUUUGACAGAGAUGGAGAGAAAGCAGACAUCUCCGUCAGCGUCUAUGAAGACAUCAACGUCAUUACAGGUGCUCUUAAACUCUACUUCAGGGACCUGCCGAUCCCCAUCAUCACGUAUGACGCAUAUCCACGCGUCAUGGAGGCUGCCAAGCUGACAGACCCAGAUGAGCGUUUGGAAGCUCUGCAUGAAGCUCUGAAGCAGAUGCCUCCCGCUCACUGUGAAACCCUGCGAUAUCUCAUGGCACAUUUAAAGAGGNNAACUCAGAACGAGAAGGAUAACCUGAUGAACGCUGAGAAUCUGGGCAUCGUGUUUGGCCCGACUUUGAUGCGGGCUCCCGAUCUGGACGCCAUGACGGCUCUGAACGACAUCCGCUACCAGAGGCAGGUGGUGGAGUUACUCAUCAAGAAUGAAGACAUCCUCUUCUAGCGUCACUGUCGUGAAUGCACCUCUCUGCUGUUUACCGCAGCUCUGCGCUGCGCUCUUCUGCUCUGACUCAGUCUGGACUCCCAGAUGAAGGACUCUUGUAUUACAGUGCAUUUCUGGACCAGUACUUACUAGCACUUCUCCCUGUCUGAUGGGUUCUGUUCCUGUAUCUCGCAUGUCUUCCUCCCCAUUUUUGUCGGGGGUCGCUGAAGCUGAGGGGUGUGACGUACCUCAGCAUUAUUAUGGGAUGGCAUCGCUCUGUCGCGUCAAAAGCGGUGGAGUCCAGCAGAUCGGGUUUCUGUUCCAAACAGGCUUUUUUCUUUUGUUUUUGUAAAACAUUGUGAAUUUGAUAUUGUCAGUUUUGGAGACACUUUACCUGAAGAGCCAUAAAUAAAGUUGGUGACAUUGUGCAGGCAUAAUAAUCUCUUCACAUGAUAUAUAAACUCUUCAUCAGUCAUCAUUCAUACUUGUUUAUACAGGUUUGUUAUUCAUGUAUGUAUAUGAAUGUUUAUCUUUGACAUAUUUAUGGCUGAGCAGGUAAAGUGUCGCCAGGGGUUUUUCAAAAUCAGAUUUUUUUUAUUUUUGGUUGUUUUUUAUUCCUUCCGUCAGGUUGAUCUGACUCUGUUCUGCCUUCACAUGUCGAAAUAAUUACUUCUGCUGUAGACAGGAAGAAUAUUUACAGUCCAUGUACAUUUCAGGAUCCUUGAUCUUAGACUCGCCUUUAGAAAACACUCUUACGCUCACAUGACUGCUUGAUGCUUUUUGGUUCUGUGUUUUUGUAUUUGAUUUAAGCAUGAAUACGUUAAUUUAUUAAAAUGUACUUUUAGUGCGGUGUUCUGGGUCAGUUAAUUCUAAACAAAUCUAUCCAUUAAGAUGUUAUUUUUUAGGUUAAUUAAUAUUUGAAAAUGAUUCCAUAAUAUGGAGUGCAACAGUCUAGGAAGUAAAAAAAGAAAAGAAAAAUCCCAUUUAUUCUCUCAAUAGAGGAUUUGCUUUUUAGCAAUAGUUUAUAAACUUUUA